CUUUGUCCAGGCAACAAUUCUUGCUGCCAUUCCUGUGAGUGUAUUUUACCUUCAGGUGGCUGUGUCGGUCGGUCCGGAGGUGACAAAACGGAGAAAGCGUGAAAGAGACGUGGUCCUCUCCGCACAGCCGCGGAAUGACGCUCAGAAACACCGCCACCGUGUGACCUGCGCCCGGGCCCCUGCAAGGACGUCUGUGCUAGGACGCUCUCUCCCGCUGUUCCCGCUGGGCUUGCCCACCGAGUGCUAUGGCGGCGGCUCCGGGAAGGCGCCUGGCUGCUGCCAGUGUGACCUUUGAGGACAUUGCCAUGCACUUCUCCUGGGAGGAAUGGAGGCUGCUUGAUGAGGCUCAAAGACACCUGUACCUCCAUGUGAUGCUGGAGAACUUCACACUUAUAUCCUCUCUGGGUUGCUGCUGUGGAGCAGAGGACAUGGAGGCACCCAUUGAAGAGAACAUUUGUGUACAAGUGUCACAGGCAAGGAAUGCCAAGGCAGCUUCGUCUUCCCAGAAGAGCCACCCCUGUGAGAGUUGUGGGCCUGUGCUGAGAGACAUUUUUACCUUGGUUGAGCUUCAGGGAACACAACAGAGCCCACCACUGCUGAGGUGUGGGGCAUGUGCAAAACGAUUUUAUUUUAGUGCAAAGUGUCACCAGCACCAGGAUGUGCACAUGCGACAGAAACCCUUCAGUAGUGUGGACAGGGCCUCAUUUGUGAAGAGCUGCGGAAUCCACGUGUCAGGGAAGCCCUUCACCUCUGGCAAGGUUUCGAAGGACUUUCUGGCCAGCUCGGGACAUCAGCAGCAACAGGACACUCAUAAAGCGCAGGAGCCAAACACAGGCACCCAGUGGGAAACAGCGUUACAAAGCACAAAAAGUCAUUACACUUUGGAAGAAGGCAAGAAAGCCUUUAGCCCCCAACACACACUUGUGGACCAGGGUGUUCAUACUGGGAGGCAGAGUUUUGUGUGCAAUGAAUGUGGAAAAACAUUCAGGUACAAAUCCUCAUUUGUUACUCACUGCAGAGGCCACACUGGAAAAAGUUUCCGUGUGUGUGGUGAAAGUGGAAAAUCAUUUAGUGAAACCUCAACCUUCCAACGGCAUCAAAAAAUUCAUACUGGAGCAAGGCAGUUCGAGUGCAGCAAAUGUGGAAAAUCCUUAAGCCUCAAAUCUGUCAUUCAUUCAUGGAAACGGCACAGUGGACAAGCAAAUUACAUGUGCAGUGAAUGUGUACAAUCUUUUAGUCAUAAUCAAUAUCAGAGAGUUCACACUGGAGGAAAGCCUUACAAGUGUAAUGACUGCGAAAAAUCUUUUACCUCUGUUGCUGCUCUCAGUUACCAUCAGAGAGUUCACACUGGAGAAAGGCCUUAUGGGUGUAGUGAAUGUGGAAAGUCUUUUAUCACUUUUAUUGCCCUUUGUUAUCAUCAGAAAGUUCACACUGGAGAAAGGCAUUAUGACUGCAGUGAGUGUGGGAAAUCUUUUAACAAUAGAUGGAAACUUGUUCGACACCAGAAAACUCACACAGGAGAAAAGCCUUAUGUAUGCAGUAUAUGUGGCAAAUCUUUUACUAAUAGCUUUACCCUUAAGUAUCAUGAGCAAGGCCACCUAGGAAAAAGGCCUUACGAGUGCAGCGAAUGUCAGAAAUCCUUUACCACUAGCUCUGCCCUUCGAUAUCAUCAUAGUGUUCACUCGGGAAAAAGACCUUAUGAAUGCAAUGAAUGUGGGAAAUCUUUUAUCUCGCGAUCUACCUUUCAAUAUCAUCUGAAAACACAUUCAGGAGAAAAGCCUUAUAAGUGCAGUGAAUGUGGGAAAUCUUUUACCAGGAACUAUGGUCUUCAUUGUCAUCAGAGUGUUCACACUGGAGAAAAGCCUUAUGAGUGCAGUGAAUGUGGGAAAUCUUUUACCAGGAUCAAUGGUCUUCAUUGUCAUCAGAGAAUUCACACUGGAGAAAGACCUUAUGAGUGCAGUGAAUGUGGAAAGUCUUUUACCACAAGCAGUAGCCUUGCAAAACAUCGGAGAGUUCAUCCUGGAGGAAGGCCGUUUGAGUGCAGUGAAUGUGAGAAAUCUUUUGCCAGUAGUGAUACCUUCUGUUCUCAUGAGAUGGUUCACAAAAGAGAAAAGCCUUUUAAGUGCAGUCAGUGUGGAAAAUCGUUUUCCUCUGGUUCCACUCUCCGUUAUCAUCAGAGAGUUCACACAGGAGAAAGGCCUUAUGAGUGCAGUGAAUGUGGGAAAUUUUUCAUUUAUAGUUCCAAACUUCGUUAUCAUCAGCGACUUCACACUGGUGAAAGGCCUUAUAAGUGCGGUGAAUGUGGAAAAUCUUUUAUCUAUAGUUCCAAACUUCGUUGUCAUCAGCGACUUCACACAGGAGAAAGGCCUUAUGAGUGCAGUGAAUGUGGGAAAUCUUUUAUCUAUAGUUCCCUAUUGCGUUAUCAUCAGCGAGUUCACACUGGUGAAAGACCUUAUGAGUGCAGUGAAUGUGGGAAAACUUUUAUCUCUAGUUCCAAACUUCGUUAUCAUCAGAGAGUUCACACUAGGAAAAAGCCUUAAAUGUGUUGGUAAUGUUCACUUUUCUGUUCAAUGUAACAACCGUGGAGGAAGCUCUGAGGAGCCAUCUGUCUAAAAAGAAACUUACAUAAGCACAGUGUGGUGAUUCCCCAGAAUUUUUGUUUAUAUGAGAAGCGUGUGUAAAUAUGUUGCAUUUUCUAACUUACCCAUGUUUUCUGACUUGCUCUUUCGAGUUUUAUGUUACAGCUACGUAACAUACGUUCUGCUACGUUCUGUGGCUAUAGUCCUUUCAUUUUUACCACAGUGCACGUCCACAGAGUUUACAUCACUCAACACCCUAAUGUGCUCAGGGAAGCUGACCUCUGGUUUCAUGUAUCUGGUUGGAAAUAGAAAUGCCUGGAGCCCUUAGCAGGUCAAUUUCCCAUUAUGAAUAAUUUGGUCAUGGACCUUGGUCCAUAUGCUGACCUCGAAAAUAUGAUUUGUGCACUCAGUUUGCAUAGAAAUGACACCCUGUUUCAGGGAUGUGUUCAUCUCAUGUAACACUUAUGAUGAGGUUUUUCAGCUUCCAGAUCAUGAUUUUGGGAAGUGCCUGCUGCACAUUGCUUUGGCUUGUACAAUAAUUGAGGCCUUAAUCUUUUAAUUCUUUUUAAUCUUGGUUAUUUUUAUUGUACAAGUUAGUUUAUAAACUGAUUCGGGCUCUGCAAGCAUGAGGACAACUUUUUUAAAUUUACUUUUUAGAGAAGAAGGAAGGGGAAAUAAUGGGAGAAAAAUGUCAGUAGGAGAGAGAAACAUUGAUUAGUUGCCUUAUAAGCACCCCAGACCAAACCCACAAUUCAAACCUAUGCUCUGACCAAAAAAGGAAGCAGCAACCUUUCAAUUUGCAUCACAACAACCAACCAACUAAGCCACACUGGUCAGAACAUGGGGUGAACACCUUUUUAAGGGUCUCAGACUUUCUCUGCUUCUGGAGUGACUAUGAUGGCAGAAAGUAACUUUCCUGUUUUGACCAAAUUUGCAUGGCUGUCCACAGAUCUCUAGAAAGGACUGAAGGGCUUUCUGGCCCUCAUGUAGAUGCCAUGUACUUUAGGAGUCUUAGAGAUGACCCUGAGGAGAAGACAGGUAUGAGAACCUCAAGUACUUACGAAAGUAGCAUGAUUUCUUUUUCCCCACAGCAGAUAUCACAGAUGAUACCACCACUGUCGAUGGGAUAUUUUUAGGUCUACAGAGUCAUGUCCCCUGACAUCCAAAAUUUUCUGUGCUAGGGGCAUUUGUUGAAAGACUGGGUACAGGGACAACAAUAGUUAGUGCAGAAACAGUGGCCUAUCAGGGACUGGGGGAGACGUCAGCCACCUAGAUGGAAUGUGCAUCCAGAAAUGUUUCUGUGACUGUGACUGCGUGAUGAGUGUACACAGAUCUGAGGAACCCUAGGUAUGGUUAUCAUGUGUAGUUGAGGUCAUUGUCAGAAAAAAAUAAAAAUAAUCAAAAGGCUUCCUGGGUUCCUGUACCCUGACAGUGAUGUCUGCCUCAAAGUCAUUACUACACAUCAGGAAAGAAUAAGAGGGAGACUUAUACCCCAGACAUGUGGUUCUUGACACAGGCAGCAUUCUUGUUGACUCAGGUGAAAAUGUUCAUUACUCAUCAUAUUUGAUGCCAUCGAGGCAAUACUGAGCCCUAGAGGGCUGAAGAAAGAGAUGGUGAAGUCAAUAUAGGCUGGUCAAUCUGAUUUUCUGAAAAGAUUUGGCCACUUAAUCUUUUUUUUUUUUAUUGAUUAUGCUGUUACAGUUGUUCUAUUCCCCCUUUAUUCCCCUCCACCCUACCCCUCAUCCCCACCAUUACCCCCCCUUUAGUUUAUGACCAUGUGUCUCAAGUCCUUUAGAUUCUAUAUUUCCCAUGCUAUUCUUGCCCCCCCCAAUCUAUUUUCUAUCUACUGUCUAUGCUACUUAUUUUCUGUACCUUCUCCCCUCUUCUCCUCCUCCCACUCCCCUGUUGCUAACCCUCCUUGAGAUCUUCAUUUCUAUGUUUCCACUCCUGAUCUAGCUGUCCUUUUAGUUUGCUUUCAUUUUAGGUGUGGUUGUUAAUAACUGUGAGUUUGUUGUCCUUUCACUGUUCAUGUUUCUUUAACUUCUUUUUCUUACAUAAGUCCCUUUAACAUUUCAUAUAAUAAGGGCUUGGUGAUGAUGAACUCCUUGAAUUUGAUCUUAUCUGAGAAGCACUUUAUCUGUCCUUCCAUUCUAAAUGAAAGUUUUGCUGGAUAGAGCAAUCUUGGAUGUAGGUCUUUAGAUUUCAUGACUUGGAAUACCUCUUCCCAGCCCCUUCUUGCCUGUAAGGUCUCUUUUGAGAAAUCAGCUGACAGUCUGAUGGGGACUCCUUUAUAGGUGACUGUCCCCUUAGCUCUUGCUGCUUCUAGGAUUCUCUCCUUCAUUU